AUAAAGUAGAAAGUGCAUAGGAAAGUAAAUAACUAUAUGGAUGUACAAUACUAGGAAGAAUACGAAUAACCAUAGACAUACAAAAAAUAAAAUGUAAAAACACUUUUCGGAGAAGAGUUGUCAAUAAAAAGCAAUUACAAAUUUUAAUAAAUAGUAAAUGAGAAAGAUACAAGGAGUUAUUUAAUUAGUAAUUUUGAGGAUUUGCAAAAUAAAUUGAGAAGUUUGGAAGGAGAUUUUACUGGCUUAGAAAAGAGUUUUUAUCAUUUAAUUAUUAAAACUGAAAAUGGAAAGGAUUAUUAGAAUAGAUUGUUAGCUAUAUUAUAAAAAAAAAUUGAUGAAUUUAUGGAUAAAUUAGAUAAAAACGCCAUCAAUAAUUUUGAUCCAAGUUCUCUUGAGGACGAUUAUGAAUUUUAAACUUUUAAAAAUCUACUUAAAUAGGGAGUUAAUGAAAUUUCUAAUAAACUUACUGAAUUUUUUUUAAAUAGAAAUAACUCUUAAGCUUAUGACUUCGAGGUAUUUAAAUGCUUAGAAAACAUUCUUUCACUCAAUAACUUCAUUAAAUCUGACUUUUCUAAUGUAGUAAGCAAAAGUAUGCUUGACUAUAAUAAAAUUUUAUAUCAUAUUUGUGUUAAAGAUCCUAAUGAGGCAGUUAAUUUCGCAGAUUUUAUCCAUUUGGAUAUACCUUCAUUAUAAACUUAAAAUACUGUAAUUGUAUAUAAAAAAAGCAUGAUUUCAAAUAAAUUUCAUGACAUAGUAAACGAAAAAAUUUUUUAAUGCACAAAAAUAGAUUAUGUAUAAUUAAUAAAAAGCGUAUUUAUAAGAGAAAGAAGAAAAGUAUUUUAAAAUAUACAUAAUUAUAUAAUCAAGUAAGGUAAAGUUUUCCCAGAAUUUGAUUAAAGUGAGUAAAAUAAAAAGCUCACAGAAAAAAUGAAUUUAAUUAAAUAGGAGUUUUUGUAACUGAAAAAUCAUGAAUUCUUUAUGGAUGUAUUAAGCGGAAGACUAGAUACUUAAGCCCUUGAUAGUUGUGAAAAAAAAAUCCUUUUUUAAAUUGAAAAAUACUUCUUAAAAGUAAACGAACUUUUUAAAGAAAUAAAAAACGCUUUGAAAGAUAUUAUUGAAUAUAAAGAAUUUGAAAAUCAAUUUAUUUAAGAAAAAUACCAGAAUAUUUUGAGUAAUAAAAUACAUUUGGAAGACGAAGAUAAAAGAGAAUUUGCAAAAAAUAAUUUGGGUGAAUAUACUCUAAUUUUAUUUUAAAAGUUAGAAGAUGCAUUAAUGAAAGAUAAUUAAUAGUUCUAGGAAUUGGAUUUAGAAGAUAAACUUCAUAAGUAAAUGUAAAAAAAUAAAUAGAAUUAUCAUUUAGAUAAAACAGCUAAUAACUUUUUGUUAGAUAUUAAAAUAAGGGCAAAUGUAAAGAAAUUUAUUAGAAAAUUAAAGGAAAAUGCUAAACUAACUGAUAAUAAAAUUGGUUUAAAAAUAAAAGAAUUGAAUGAUUAAAAAGCUGAAUUAGAGAAAAAAAUAAAAGAAGAAGAAUAAAAACAGCAAGAUAUGAAAUAAAACUAAGAAAAAUUAACAGAAUAAAUAGAUAAGCUGCAUUAAUAAAGAGAAAAAAAAAACUAAAUUUAAUAAGAGAUUAAACGAUUAUUAGAUAUUUAAGAAAAAGUUAGAAAUUUGAAUUUCGAAAAAGAAAAAUAAGAGAAAAUAAUAUAAAAAGAAGAAAAAAUGCUCUUUGCUAUUCUAAAAGAAGGAGAAAAGCAUAAAUCAAUAACAGAAAAGUUAAAAAAUAAUAAAUUGGAAAACCAGCAAAGGAUUUUAAUCAAAAAAUAAUAAAAUAAGUUAUAAGAAAUUCAAACUUAAAUAUAAGCUUUUUAAGAAUCUGCCGAUAAAAAGUUAGUUUUUAAAAAUUAAUUAACAUAAAAGUAAGAGAAAAAAGUAUACCAGUAAGAAGAAUUAAGAAAAAGAGCAGAAGAAGACUAAAGGUAUCAAGAUGAAUAAUUAAGAAGAAGAUAAGAUGAAUUUAAAAAAAGGUAAGAAUUAGAAAAAAAAAUUAAAGAAGAAGAAGAUAGAAAAAAAAGUGAAUUUUAAAGUAAACUUAUUGAAGGUAUUAAGUCUAAAAAAGAUGAAGAAAGGUUAAAAGAAGAAGAAGAACGAUAAAGAAAUUCUUUAGCAGGAAAACUUGUUGAUGAAAUAAAAAAUAGAAAAGAUAUGGAAUAUUAAUUAAGAAAAGAGUAAGAGGAAAAAAGUAAAGGGGGUUUUGCUAGUAAAUUAUAAGGAGGAAUUAAAGAAAAAAAAAUAGAAGAAGAACAUAAAUAAAAAAGCAUGUUAGAAUCAAUCAAAGAUAAAUAAAGAGAAGAAGAAAGAAAAUUAAAGGAAGAAUAAGAGAGACAAAAAAAAUUAAGAGAAGAAUAAGAGAAAAUAAAAUAAUAAAAAGCUAUUGAAGAAAAAAAAAAGAAAGAAGAAGAAUAUAAUAGAAAAUUAUAAGAAAUUAAAGAAAAAGAAGAAAAAGAAAAAUAAGAGAGAAAACUAUAAAAAUAAAACAAAAUAAGAGUUGCAAAAAAAUUACAACAAGAAGAAAAGUAAAAAAAAUUUAAGAAGAAGAAAAGAAAAAAUGGAAGAUAAGAAAAAAAAGAAGAAGAAGAAAAAAAGAAAACAAUAGGAAGAAGAUAGAAAGAAAAAAGAAGAAGAAGAAAAAAAAGAAAGCAAUAAGAAGAAGAUAAAAAGAAAAAAGAGGAUGAAGAAAGGAGAAAAUAAUAAUAAGAAGAAGAAGAAAAAAAAAGAAAACAAUAAGAAGAGGAUAAGAAAAAAAAAGAAGAAGAAGAAAUGAAAAAAUAAUAAUAAUUAGAUGAUGAAAAAAAAAAAAAGGAAGAAGAAGAAAGGAAAAAGAAAUAGUAAUUAGAUGAUGAAAAAAAAAAAAAAGAAGAAGAAGAAAAAAAAAGAAGACAAUAAGAAGAAGAUAAAAAGAAAAAAGAGGAUGAAGAAAGGAGAAAAUAAUAAUAAGAAGAAGAAGAAAAAAAGAAAAAAGACGAUGAAGAGAAAAAAAAAUAAUAAUUAGAAACUUAAAAUAAAAGUAAAAAAUAAAAAUAAUAUUCAAUAUAAUAAUAAUUAUAUAGAAUAUGA